CGCGCGCGGCCGGGGGACGCCCGGGAGCCGCCCUUUGCCCGACCCGGCGCUUGGAGAUUCCUUGGCCGGAAGAAGGUUUGGGGAUCCUCCCGCCAGCGGGGGCGCGCUCGGAGAUCCCCCCCGAAGGCCCGGGGUCCGAGAGGACUCGCGCCAGGGGCGCUCUGAGAUCUCCCCCGGUCUGGGAGGGUUUUUAGAGAUCCGCCUUCCCUCCCCCAGCGGGGACUGGGUCGGAGUGGGCUCCGGGCUUGGAAGGUGCUUGGAGAUCCUUCCCGUGCUGGGAGGGCGCUUAGAGUUUCUCCUGCCUCCAAAAGCCUGGAGCCAGUUUCCAAGAGAAUUCGAGGACGAGAGUGCUUGAAGAUCCUUCCUUGAGUGACCAGGGUCCUAACAGACUUAGGGUCAGGUUAGAGGACCUUCUUGGAGCUCUAAAGGUGCUUGGACACCCCGCUCCAAGGGCCCCUUCCUGGGGAAGAUACUUGGAGAUCUCUCACUGGAGAAACGCGGGGUCGGGGAGGGCCAGCAGGGUGCUUGGAGAUCCUCCCCAGACUGACAGGGCUUGCGCGAGGGCUCCAGACCUGCAAGAUGCUCGGAGAUCCUUUUCAAAUAGGAAAUGUUUUGAAAGAAAGCCAUCUGUAGGAUGUCCCAGAUGCCCUUGCCCGUUCUCCAUCCCAUUGUACAGACAGGAAACUGAGGCAGGUCUAAUAGAGGCUGCAGGCACCCCUGGUGGGGGGGUGUCCUCUGGAGCAGCUCAGGUGAGAGACCUCCCCAAGGCCCCCAACUAGGCGGGGGCUCCCGUGGGGGACCAGGAGGAGGCUUCCAGGGCCUUGGGAAGAAGAAUGGAGAGAGAUGCCAGGAUGGCUGGGAGAGGGGAGGAGGAGCAGGGGCCAGAGAUGGGGAGAUGGAGGCUGGGUUCCUCAGUUUACCGCCCCCAGCCCCACAUGGGGCAGAGCCCAUGGGAUUCGCGGUGAGCUUGGAGGAAGGAGCAAGGGGAAAUUCAGUGAAGACCAGGGUGGUGCGGGGGUGGGAUCAGGGCGGAGGAGACUUUCCUUAGCUUCUGUGUGUCCGUUCCAGGGAGAGCCCCCUCGCUGCCACCCAGCAAUGGGAACUAAGGGCAGAAUCUGAGAAGAGACUCGGGGAGGGCCUGAGCGGGGCAUGGAGCAGACUUGGGGUGAGACCGAGAGGGUAAGGCCGAGGAAGGGUCACUGAAGAGGAGGCUGAGGAGAGGACUGCUCUCCCCGCUGCCCGCGAUGGAGGCGAACCCUGGUGGCGGCGGGGGCGGGAGCGGCGUGGGGGGCGAGGACGGCGUCCACUUCCAGAGCUAUCCCUUUGACUUUCUGGAGUUUCUCAACCAUCAGCGCUUCGAGCCCAUGGAGCUGUAUGGGGAGCACGCCAAGGCCGUGGCGGCCCUGCCCUGCCCCCCCGGGCCCCCUCCCCAGGCCCCGCCACAGCCCCCACCCCCCCAGUACGACUACCCGCCGCCGCCACCGGCCUUCAAGCCCAAGGCGGAGACGCCGUCCUCCUCGUCCUCCUCCUCGUCGUCGUCCUCCUCUUCCUCCUCCUCCUCCUCCUCUUCGUCCUCCACCUCCCAGGGGAAGAAGCCUGAGCCGGCCCUGCCCCCCGGCUUCGGGGCGCCCCCACCUCCACCCCUCUUCGAUGCCGCCUUCCCCGCCCCACAGUGGGGGAUCGUGGACCUCUCUGGGCACCAGCACCUUUUCGGGAACCUCAAGCGGCCGGGGACGGCGGCUGGGCCCGGGGCCGGACCGGCCACCCCGGGCCCCCUGCCCAGCCCCAGCCCCGGGCCCCCGGGGGCUCCCGUGGCCGGCGACCUGAGCGCGGCGGCCAAGGACGACAAGGGGUACUUCCGCCGGCUGAAGUACCUGAUGGAGCGGCGCUUCCCCUGCGGCGUCUGCCAGAAGUCCUUCAAGCAGUCCUCGCACCUGGUCCAGCACAUGCUGGUGCACUCGGGGGAGCGGCCCUACGAGUGCGGCGUCUGCGGGCGCACCUACAACCACGUGUCCAGCCUGAUCCGCCACCGCCGCUGCCACAAGGAUGCCCCUCCGCUCCCUGGGGCCCCCCCCGCCCCGCCCCUCCCCCCCCCGCUGCCCCCGCCAGCCCCCGCCGCCUCGGCCGGGGUGGAGGGCGGGCCCCCCGCCCCCGGCAUGGCGCCCGUGGCCCCGGGCCCCGGCGGGGAGGGCCCCUUCACGUGCCCCCUCUGCUGGAAAGUGUUCAAGAAGCCCAGCCACCUCCACCAGCACCAGAUCAUCCACACCGGGGAGAAGCCCUUCUCCUGCACCGUGUGCAACAAGAGCUUUAACCGCCGCGAGAGCCUCAAGCGCCACGUGAAGACCCACUCGGCCGAGCUGCUGCGGCUGCCCUGCGGGGUGUGCGGGAAGGCCUUCCGCGACGCGGCCUACCUCCUCAAGCACCAGGCGGCCCACGCGGCCGCCGCCGGAGCGCCCGCGCCGCGCCCCGAGUACCCCUGCGACCUGUGCGGCAAGUCCUACUCGGCCCCGCAGAGCCUGCUGCGCCACAAGGCGGCCCACGGCCCGAGCGCCGCCGCCGCGGGCGGCCCCGAGGCCCCCAAGGACGGCUCGACCCCGGCCCCGCCGCCCGCCUUUCCCCCCGGGCCCUACCUGCUGCCGCCCGAGCCCCCCGGGGAUGGCGGAGACAAGGCGGCGGCGGCGGCGGCGGCCGCCGUGGUCUACGGGGCUGUCUCCGUCCCGCUGCUGGGGGCCCACCCGCUUCUGCUGGGGGGUGCGGGCCCUGCGGGAGGAGGGGGCGGCGGGGCCAUCGGGCCAGGGGCCCCCACCCCAGGGAAGACCUUCUGCUGUGGCAUAUGUGGGAGGGGCUUUGGGCGCCGGGAGACGCUGAAGCGCCACGAGCGGAUCCACACAGGCGAGAAGCCCCACCAGUGCCCCGUGUGCGGGAAGCGCUUCCGAGAGUCCUUCCACCUGAGCAAGCACCACGUGGUGCACACACGGGAGCGGCCCUACAAGUGUGAGCUCUGUGGCAAGGUCUUCGGCUACCCGCAGAGCCUCACCCGCCACCGCCAGGUGCACCGGCUCCAGCUGCCUUGUGCCCUGGCAGCCCCCGGUGGGCUCGGCCCAGCCUCUGGGCCCGGGGCUGGCCAAGCCUCCGCCCCUGGAGGGGCUGCCCCUCCCGAAGGCCUCAGCUACGCCUGCUCGGACUGCGGGGAGCACUUCCCUGACCUCUUCCAUGUCAUGAGCCACAAGGAGGCGCACAUGGCCGAGAAGCCCUACGGCUGUGAUGCCUGUGGCAAAGCUUUCGGCUUCAUCGAGAACCUCAUGUGGCACAAGCUGGUCCACCAGGCGGCCCCCGAGCGCCUCCUGCCGCCCCCGGCCCCUGAUGGGCCUGGCCCGGAUGCCCCAGCCACCGGCCUAGACAACGGGCUGGCAGGAGAAGUGGGAGCGGCCGUGGCGGCUCUGGCGGCUGGAGAGGAGGCGGGCACGGGGGCUGGGGCGGGCACGGGCCCCGGUCCUGGGGGCCCCGAGCGCUUUAGCUGUGCCACUUGCGGCCAGAGCUUCAAGCACUUCCUGGGGCUGGUGACCCACAAGUACGUGCACCUGGUGCGCCGGACACUGGGCUGUGGCCUGUGCGGCCAGAGCUUCGCGGGCGCCUACGACCUGCUUUUGCACCGCCGCAGCCACCGCCAGAAGCGCGGCUUCCGCUGCCCCGUGUGUGGCAAGCGCUUCUGGGAGGCGGCUCUGCUGAUGCGCCACCAGCGCUGCCACACCGAGCAGCGGCCCUACCGCUGUGGUGUCUGCGGACGGGGCUUCCUGCGCUCCUGGUACCUGCGACAGCACCGUGUUGUGCACACCGGGGAGCGUGCCUUCAAAUGUGCCGUGUGCGCCAAGCGCUUCGCCCAGUCCUCCAGCCUGGCUGAGCACCGCCGCCUGCAUGCCGUGGCCCGGCCCCAGCGCUGCGGCGCCUGCGGCAAGACCUUCCGCUACCGCUCCAACCUGCUGGAACACCAGCGGCUGCACUUAGGGGAGCGUGCCUAUCGCUGCGAGCACUGUGGCAAGGCCUUCUUCUACCUGAGCUCAGUGCUGAGGCACCAGCGGGCGCAUGAGCCCGCGCGGCCUGAGCUGCGCUGCCCAGCCUGCCUCAAGGUCUUCAAGGACCCCGGCUACUUCCGCAAGCACCUGGCUGCCCACCAGGGUGGUCGACCUUUUCGCUGCUCAGCCUGUGGAGAGGGCUUCUCCAACACGUACGGCCUUAAGAAGCACCGAUUGGUCCACAAGGCCGAGAGGCUGGGGGCCGCCACCGCUGGGGCCAAGGAAUCCUGAGUGUUAGGAUGGGCUGCCUCCUCCUGCUCCUGGGCAUCACCAACAGGCUGGGGGAUGGGAAGGGGGUCUCCACUUGCCAAUCCCCCACCUUUCUCCCAAAGCCUGGUCGGGGGGGGGCUUCACUCCAUAGGGAUCUGGCCACUCCUGUCAUGAGGGAUGGACUGAAUUUUUCACCUCUCUUUCCCCUGCCCCCUCCCACAUCCUGGGAACUCUAGGACCCCCUCUAACACCAGACUCCUUUUCCAUCUGCCCCUUUGUAAUCCUGUCCCCCCAUGCCCGACUCUGUAGGAAUUGAGGCUCAUUACCACCACCCUAAUCACCACCACCAUCUUGGAAUCUGGCUGGAAUAGGGGAGGGGGAGGUGGGUUGGGAGAGACAUGGGGUUGGGGGGCUGAUGGCCGUUUGGAUGUGUGGGGAGGGGGUGGGAUGGGGGUGGGGGGAGACGCAGUUUGUACAGACAAAGUCGGGAAUAAAUAUUAUCCUUGUGGCAC